CAACUCUAGUUCUACUUCAAAAUCCUUAUCUUCUUGCCUCGCACUCGUGCUUCAAAACCCUUAUCCGGCAGCUAAAACCCGCUUCAUUAAUUUCUCUGAUUUUUUUUUUUUCCAAUGCAAAUGUUAGCAUGCAAUUCUUGGUCACUGCAAAAGCCUCUACCUCAUGGAACCAUUAUUGUCCCAAGACGCUUUUUCUUGGGUCGCCGACAGCUUUUGUCUUCUGUCUGUCUUUGCUCUGAUGAUUCCUCCCACGACAUCGUUUCUUCCCACUCCAUCUCCAUUUCCAGAGCUGUUAGAGAUGGUACCAAGUGUGUGUAUGAAGAAAUAUGCAAAAAUAGUCCCAUUGCAACACGGCGAAUGUUGCUGACAAGUCUGUUUAUGUAUCUAUGGUAUUAUCCUACAAGGUACUUAUCAGCCCAAGCACUUGGGGAUCCAUCUGUGACAAUUGAAGAAGUAACUCCACCUGUUUUUGCUUCUGGAGCACUCUUCCCUACUGAGGAAAGAACUGUCCAACUCUUUGAAAAGAAUACAUACUCUGUUGUCAACAUUUUUGAUGUGACAUUGCGCCCACAACUAAAUGUAACUGGUGUAGUUGAGAUUCCUGAAGGAAAUGGUUCUGGAGUAGUUUGGGAUGCACAAGGACACAUUGUGACAAAUUACCAUGUGAUAGGCAAUGCACUUUCAAGGCAUCCAAGCUCUGGGCAAGUUGUUGCACGAGUUAAUAUUCUUACAUCAGAAGGGGUACAGAAGAACUUUGAGGGUAAAUUGAUUGGUGCUGAUCGUACCAAGGACCUUGCUGUCUUGAAGGUAGAAGCAUCUAAAGAUUUGUUGAGGCCAAUUAAGGUGGGGCAAUCUUCUUCUCUGAGAGUUGGGCAGCAGUGUCUUGCAAUUGGAAAUCCAUUUGGCUUUGAUCAUACUCUUACCGUAGGGGUAAUCAGUGGAUUGAAUCGGGACAUUUUUAGUCAAACUGGAGUUACGAUUGGUGGUGGAAUCCAGACAGAUGCGGCCAUCAAUCCAGGGAACAGCGGAGGUCCUCUAUUGGAUUCUAAAGGAAAUCUAAUUGGAAUUAAUACAGCAAUUUUUACUCAGACAGGGACAUCAGCUGGUGUAGGGUUUGCCAUUCCAUCCUCAACAGUGCUCAAGAUUGUACCUCAGUUAAUUCAGUUUGGUAAAGUUGUUCGAGCUGGUUUGACUGUGGAAAUUGCUCCUGAUCUGGUUUCAAAUCAACUAAACAUUAGAAAUGGAGCUCUCAUCCUGCAGGUUCCAGGGAAUAGUCUUGCAGCGAAGGCCGGGUUACUCCCUACUACAAGGGGCUUUGCUGGAAAUAUUGUACUUGGGGAUAUUAUUAUUGCAGUGGAUAACAAACCUGUCAAAAGCAAAGCAGAGCUAUACAAAGUGUUGGAUGACUAUAAUGUAGGGGAUACAGUAGUGUUGAAGAUUCAGAGGGGUGGUGAUAAUUUAGAGCUACCUAUUACUCUAGAGGAGAAAAGUUCAUGACAGGGCCUACUGAUAGUCAUUUGUAUAUUUCCCUCAAAAAAAAAAAAAAUUCCUGUGUACAUUUUAAUUUGUUAUGUGAACAACUAAAUUGUAUGAGAAGUGAAGAACAUAAAAUGAAACAAUGAAGAUACUCCUUGUAAGCAUGUGAGAUGUUAUUUUUAUCAGAGAAAAAAAAACAUUUCAUCGCAUGACA